AUGGAGACGAGUAGGGGGUGGCAGGAGCUCGGCGUCGUCGACACCAUCUACGAGGACGACCACGAGGAGGAGGACGACGACGAACACGACGAGGAACAAGAGGAGGAGCGCUUCGACUCGCCCACCUUGUCGUCCUCGGCGGCCACCUCGCGCUCCUUUUCCCCGGAGGUGGAGGACGCCGCCGCCUCCGCCGCGGCGCACCCGUCCCUUCCGCCGGCGCUCAGGCGCGCCGUGCAGGCCUGGUGCCGGGAGAACGGAUCGCGCAAGCCCGACGUGAUCGUCCGCGUCCAGGAGCAUCGGCUCCCUCUGCACAGGGACGUGAUCACGUCGCGAAGCAGCUACCUGAGGCGAUUGCUGUCGGAGUCCAGCGACAUCGCGAUCGGGCUGCCGGCGGGCCUCACGUUCGACGCGUGCGCGCAGGCCAUCGCGACCUGCUACGGCUCCAACGACGAUGCAGCGGCGGCGCUGUCCCCAGCGAGCCUCGCGGCGGCGUGGGCGGCGGCGGGCUGGCUGGAGCUGAGCGCGGGCCCAGGGAGGGACCCCUACGGGCUGGCCCACGCCGCGGAGGACUACUUCUUCCAAGAGGUGGCCACCGACCACGGCAGCGCCGCGGGCGUGCUGCGGUGCUGUGCGGCGUUCCUGGGCGGCGAGGCCGCCGGGCCCGCCGCGGACCUGCUCGUCCGGUGCCUCGAGGUGCUCGCGGCGUCCGACAGCGGGAACGGGAGGUGGCUCGACGACGUGGCCGCGCUCCCCGUGGAGGAGUUCCUGGUGGCCGUGGAGGCCAUGCGCGCGCGGUUCGCGCACGACCACGACCUCAUGUACACCGUCGUUGACCACUACCUGGAGAACCACAAGGGGAAGCUUACGGAGGAGGACAAAUCCCGGUUGUGCUACAACGUCAACUGCACCAAGCUGUCGCAGCACCUCUUCAUGCACCUGGUCCAAAACCCACGCCUCCCGCUCCGCUUCGUCGUGCAGGCCAUGCUCGUGGAGCAGCUCCACUCCCACCACACCAUGCUCCUCAGCCAUCACCACCAGGCCGCUGCACCGGCGCCGACGCGAUCGGCAGCGCCGCUCCUCAAGCCGUCGCUCUCGGACGUCCUCAGGGGCGGCGUCGCGGUCGCGGGGGAGGACGCCAGCAUGUCGCUCGGCGACAUCCUCCAGCGCGACGCCGCGCUGCGCACAUCCGCGCACAUCCGCGCGUCCAUGCAGGCCACCAGCCUCCGCAUCGAGACCCUCGAACGCGAGCUGGCGGGCCUCCGCACCCGCUUGCGCCGCUCCGAGCAGCAGCAGGCCGAGGCCGAGGCCGCGGCCGCGAUUGGCGCCUCCUCGAUCGACCGCGCGCCCGGCAAGUCCGCCAGCUUCCGGAUCCCGCGAAGCCGGCUCUGGGACGGCGAGGAGCUCGCGCCCGUUGGCCCCAGUCGCCCUGCCGCCAGGGACAGCAAUGCGAGGGGCUUCAGGUCACGGUUGGUGCACGGGUUCAAGAACCUGUUCGGCAGGAGGCAAGGGGCCGCCGGCGCGCCGUCCGCGUGCGGCGAGGACGCCAGUACCCGCUGCUUCGGUGACAAAGGCCCCGCCGCUGGUGCGCCGGAGCUGGAGAGCGACGACGACGAGGUGGUGUGCAUGGAGGAGAGGUGGCGGCCUCACCGGAGAAACCACUCUCUUGUGUGA